AUGUCAUUGACAGACGACCAGGUCAAUGCGGAGCUCCGCAAGAUGAAGGCCUUCAUUGAGAAGGAGGCCCAGGAGAAGGCCAAAGAAAUCAGAUUGAAGGCUGACGAAGAGUACGAGAUUGAGAAAGCGUCCAUUGUCAGAUCCGAAACUGCUGCCAUUGACAGUAUCUACGAGCAGAAAUUGAAGAAGGCCUCGUUGGCCCAGCAGAUCACCAAGUCCACCAUCAGCAACAAGACCAGAUUGAAGGUGUUGGGUGAGAAGGAGAAGGUCUUGGACGAGAUCUUUGAGGACGCCAAGAAGGAGUUGGCUAAGAUUUCUGGCAAGAAGGGCGAGUACAAGACCUUGUUGGCUGGUUUGAUUGAGGAGGGUGCAUUGGCCCUCAUGGAGAGCAAGGUUUCCGUUAGAGUUAGAGAGUCCGAUGUCUCUGUGGCCAAGGAGGCUGCUGAGGAGGCUGCCAAGGGCUACCAGGACAAGUCCGAGCAGGAAAUCUCCAUCAGUGUCGACGAGAAGGAAUUCUUGCCCAAGAACUCUGCUGGCGGUGUGGUUGUGGUGAGCGAGCUGGGCAAGAUCGAAGUCAACAACACCUUGGAGGAGAGAUUGAAGUUGUUGUCCGAGGAGGCAUUGCCCGGCAUCCGUCUUGAGUUGUUUGGCCCAUCGCCCACCAGAAAGUUCUUUGACUAG